CCGGCUGUCAAUCACCGGCAGGCUGAGCUCCACGAGGCGGAGCGGCAGUGACCGCGGCGGCGGCGGCGGCAGCGAUGGGACCCCAGCGAGAGAUCUGCGGCUAAGCUAGCUGCACUUGCUCGACGGGUCAGGGGAUCGGAGGGGGCAGAGAUUUUUUCUUAAAUAAGAUUUAAGAAUGUCCCAUUAAAAAGAAAGGUCAAAGAGUAAACAAGAAGAAGAGGAGGAGGAGGAUUUCAAAGCUGGGAAAGAUGAGUUCUUGCGGUAACGUCUGUGGGUCCAGACAGGCACAGCCUGCAGCCGAGGGCGGGCACCAGCGCUACGGAGUCCGGUCCUACCUACACCAGUUUUAUGAGGACUGUACUGCCUCCAUCUGGGAGUAUGAGGAUGAUUUCCAGAUCCAGAGAUCACCUAACAGGUGGAGCUCAGUAUUCUGGAAGGUCGGACUCAUCUCAGGCACAGUCUUCGUGAUUCUUGGAUUGACUGUUCUGGCAGUGGGCUUUCUUGUGCCCCCGAAAAUUGAAGCAUUUGGCGAAGCUGAUUUUGUGGUGGUUGACACCCAUGCCAUCCAGUUUAAUGGUGCCCUUGACAUGUACAAGCUAGCAGGAGCCGUUCUCUUCUGCAUCGGGGGCACAGCCAUGGCAGGGUGCCUGCUGAUGUCCGUGUUUGCAAAAAGCUACUCCAAAGAAGAAAAAUUCCUUCAGCAGAAGUUUAAAGAGCGGAUUGCAGACAUCAAGGCCCACAUCCAGCCUAUUACUAAAGCUCCAGGCCCAGGGGAAACAAAGAUUCCAGUCACCUUGUCCAGGGUUCAAAAUGUCCAGCCUCUUUCAGCAACCUGAAGGGUUUCCCACCCCAGUUCUCCCUGUCUGAUUUACACACAUGGUUGAAUGGAGCAGGCCAGUUUUUGAGAUGACGAGGAUUUGGCGUGGCCCGCCCCAGGGCCGUGUUCCGCUAUGGGCAGCUAAGGGGCGAGCUCACACUCGCUCAGUUCAGGUGGCUCUGUUGAAAGGCUGAUGCCGUGUGCCAACCGGCCACACACAUCCAGCUGCUUACAGGGGUGUCUCUGCGUGCCCAGCAGGAGCCUUCCGCAACACCUCUUUCAUGUCUUGUGACUUUGUGUUAUUUUCCGUGUUAUUUGGGAGUGCUGAACAGUUUAGACCAGCCCACCCAUGAGUAACGUGGACCAUUUUAUUUUCUAAUAUUGGUUUUUCUACUCUAUCCUGCGUGGUGCUGUCUUUCAUUCCUGUCUCAUGAUGUGUGAGACAUUGUCAUGUGUGUUCACAGAAACAUGGAAUUCUCUGACUUUGACCCAAAUCUCAGUCUUUGAACUAUAUCUUAACAUGAGGUUCCUGAGAUUAGAUACAAAGUUAUCAGCAUUCUCCACAAAUCGCUGUUUUCUCCAGAUUUUCUUUUUAAAGCUAAAAUUGCCAACUUUAGAAUCUUGGCAAAGAAAUUAAUAUUAGGAGUCUCUAUUUACACAGUGUCCAAAACAUUGCGUUAGAAACUAGGAAUUUUGAGUUCCUUCUAACAACUAGCUGAAUGAUGUCAGGGCAAUCCUGGGCCUCACUUUCACCAUCAGUAUAAUGAGAGUUCUGGACUGCAGUAUCUGAGGACCCUCCCUGUUCAAACAUCUGAGAUUCCUUUUUGCCACGUGUCAUCAAGUAUCUCCCCCAUGGGUGUUUAAUGAUACUUUUGUGGCUCUCAUCACCUCUGAAAUCUGUGGCUCUGAUUUCAGAAUUAGACUCCUGGAAAGUCACCAAGUCAGCAGGCUUCUUCAUACUACCUACGGUUAAAUAUCCAACCCCAGCAGUUUAUAUAAGGCCGUCAUAUUUUUUAUAAAGACAAAAGUAAGCCAUCUUCAAAUAAGAAAUCCCUGGGCAGAUAUUAACCUUAAAAAGGGUUUUCAUUGUCAAAUAAGAUGUUUUAUUCCCCAGCAAGAUGUUCAUCUCAUCCCUUGCACCUUUAUUUAAUCUGUGGAUUUAAAUUAGACUGAGGAAAAUGAAAAAUGUGACCUUGGUAUUCUCUCAGAAUUGUGCCACUUUAGAGUUCUGUCUUUUUUUUUUUUUUUUUCUUCCUACUGGAUAAAUAAAAUAUGUGAACGAGCAGAACCUGAAUUGCAUUGUCAUUCCUUCAGUGUGGUUAUUUUCUCUUCAACAUGUA